AUGCAGAAGUAUUUCGAGCAGUAUACUGAGGAGUAUGUUGAGGUGGAAACGGAGUUGGAAACUUCGUGCAAAAUUAUGACGAAAUCAGAUCGCUUACGUCAACGUCUUGAACCUUUGCUAAACUUCGAACAAGAUUUUUCAUCAAGUCCGUUAAGUGUGGAAGAGAUUGUGAACAUACUGCGAGCCGAGUGCGCUGAAGAUAUCAUUUGCAUCAGAGUGCCUGUAAUUGAUACACAUGACAGAUUUGUUAUUAUUUGUACGCCUCAUAACAUAAGACACGGUGAAGCUAUGAUUCUCGCUGUACGGAAAUGUUUCAAGCUUAAGACUAAUCAGGUGCAGCCACCGAAAAAAGCGAAAGUUGGCCGGUGGUUGUGUUACGUGUUCGACGAUAUCUCACUACAUAUAAUGACCCGUGAAGCGCGACUCAAAUAUGAUCUUGAAAGCCUUUGGGGCAUCGGAUGGAUGCAGACGUUAGAAGAUGAAGGCGAUGUUUCGAGUCUAGAAUUUCCGAUGCCUAUCUCUAGUUAA